AGUUAGGGCCCAAGUUAAGCCCAUACCUCACUCCUAUUAUACACACACACUCUCUCCCUCUCAAAAGCUAUGGCGUCGCUGAAAGAGAUCCUAACCCGGCGACCAGUGGCGGCGACGAUCCGCCUGACCGUCCCAGCCGGCGGAGCUCGGCCAGCUCCGCCAGUCGGUCCAGCCCUAGGUCAGUACAGACUGAACCUUAUGGCGUUUUGCAAAGACUUCAAUGCUCGGACUCAGAAGUACAAGCCAGACACUCCCAUGUCGGUGACCAUAACCGCCUUCAAAGACAACACCUUCGAUUUCACCGUCAAGUCGCCGUCGGUCACUUGGUACCUCAAAAAAUCCGCCGGCAUUGAUUCCGGCAGCAGCCGACCCGGCCACGUCGUCGCCUCAACCCUAACUGUGAAGCACAUUUAUGAAAUCGCUAAGGUAAAGCAAUCUGAUCCUUAUUGUCAGUACAUGUCUCUGGAAUCUAUUUGCAAAUCGAUUAUGGGUACUGCUAAUUCUAUGGGGAUUAAGGUUGUCAAAGAAUUAGAUUGAUUGAUUGUAUUCCUAGGGUUUUUGGGUUUCAGUUGAAUGUUAUGUUUAUGUUUAUGUAUUGUGUUUGAACUGAAAUGGUUUUGUAGUGGAUAGAAAAUAAUGUUUUUUUGUUAGUCUGUCUGUCUGAACUGGUUUGUGUCUAUUAGCAAAGACUGAAGAGCUAUGCAUGAUUUGUUUUUAAA